AUGACAACGCCAACUCCACAAAACUACCACAUUUUCGGCCACGGAAUAUCCCAGAGUCUCUCACCUACAAUCCACAAUGCCGCCUUUGAGCACUACGGUCUCCCACACCGAUACGACAUACAGGAAUGCAAUAGUCUUCAAGACGUCAAGUCCUUAAUCGAUGAUCCAGCCUUCGGUGGCUCUAGCGUAACAAUGCCCCAUAAACUCAGCGCCGGGGAGUUCUGUGCCCAGGUCGCUGACUCUGCAACUCGGCUUGGAGCGAUUAAUACUCUCAUCGCUCGAUCGAUUCAUACGGGAGAUGGAACUUUCAAACGUGAAAUACAUGGUGAUAACACGGACUGGUCAGGUCUUUAUUCCCUGAUCAAGGAGUAUACAUCAGACGAGAGCAAGCCAGUUGGACUUGUGGUCGGGGCUGGAGGCGCAGCUAGAGCUGGUGUUUAUGCGAUGGCUCAAGCUGGGAUCAAGCGGAUCUACGUUGGGAAUCGGACGUUGGCCAAGGCGGAGCAAAUUGCAGAGGAUUUCGGGGAUAUGUGCCAGGUUAUACCGGUUCAGUUUCCAUCGAGGUUGCCGGAGGAUCCGGAAGUGAUUAUUGGAACUGUUCCCGGGGAUGCUAUGUCGCAGGAGGCAUUCCAGGGUUUGUUUGGGAAUGAGAAGGGUCUUUGUAUUGAGAUGGCGUAUAAGCCGAGAGUGACGAAUUUACUGGCAGUGGCUAAGGAGAACACCGGAUGGACUACGGCGAAUGGGGUAGAGGUACUUCUUCGACAGGGCUUCGAGCAGUUUCGGUUGUGGACGGGCUUAGAUGCACCGGAGGUCGUUAUGAGGAAGGCUAUUGAGGUUGUUACAGGAAAUAAGGUUGGAGGGACAUCGUCAUUGUAA